AUGCCUGUAAAACGGAACGUACCGGCGCCGAUGAAGGGCAUUUUGGAUAUGGACUCAAAACUUACUUCAGUUAUCUGCAACACAGUUUCUAAGGUUUUGCCUAUUCGCAGUUUUACCACAUAUUACAAAGGAUUAGAGUAUUCGUGUCAUGGAAUUGUAUGGAUCGCCUGUUGGUUGACUUUCAUUUGGUUUGCUUGGUCAAAAUCUUUAUUUCAAAUGCAAGUUAACCUUCUUAUCGGGUUAUUUAUUGAUAUUUUUGCGGUUGCCACAAUAAAAGCAUUUGUUCGUCGCCGUCGACCUGUAGGCAACAAGAAUGAUCAAUGGGUUACAAUUGGUCCUGAUGUCUACUCUUUUCCGUCAGGACACGUGUCAAGAGCAUUUUUCAUAAUGUUUUAUUUUUAUAAAUUGUAUCCGAUAAAUGAGUUUAUGGUAUUGUUUUUAUGUGUUUGGGCAGUAGCUGUGGCUUUCAGUCGAAUACUUUUAAGACGUCAUCAUUUAUUAGAUGUUAUUGCUGGCAGUAUAUUAGGGUAUUUUAUAUCAUUGGUAGUAUCUGUAAUUUGGAUUGACCAAAGUACAGGAGUAUUUGGUAUCGUAUGUGUCAGACGAUAAAUUGGAGGGUGGAGAAUAUCAUGUAUAAAUUGUAACUAUAUAUUUAUAAAUAAAAUAAUAUAAAUAUAAUAUGUAAAAUCAA